GUAAAAGAUGGUCCAGGUUCACUUGCUGGGCUGAGGAGACUCCAAAGCAGCUCGUUCCAACCCCAGGCAUCUCUAAGCACUCAGGCUACACAGACAGUGAAGAUGGCGGUGGGCCUGUUGGCUUCCAUCUCUAUUUCAGAGCUUCUCUUGGCCUUUGUCUUCUUCUGGCUGGUCUUCUGGGUCAUUAAAUCUUACCCUCAAAGGGUCCCCAAGGGACUCAAAGAACCACCCGGACCCUGGGCUUGGCCUCUGAUUGGCAACAUAUUGACUCUGGGGAAGAAUCCCCAUUUGGCCCUGGCCCAGCUGAGGGAGAAGUAUGGGGAUGUGAUGCAGAUUCAGAUCGGCUCCACCCCGGUGCUUGUGUUAAGUGGCCUGGAAACCAUCAGACAGGCCCUGGUGAAGCAAGGGGAUGUCUUCAAGGGCCGACCUGACCUCUAUAGCUCCUCCCUUGUCACAGAUGGCUAUAGCAUAACCUUCAGCCCUGACUCAGGGGAAGUAUGGGCAGCUCGAAGGAAGCUGGCCCAGAAUGCUCUCAAUACCUUCUCCAUGUCUGCCUCCCCAACCUCUUCCUCCUGCUACCUGGAAGAGCAUGUGAAGAAGGAAGCUGAAUGCUUGAUCCAGAAGUUCCAGGAGCUGAUGGAUGGAGUAGGAUGCUUUGACCCCUACAGUCAUGUGGUGGUAUCUGUGGCCAACAUCAUAGGGGCCAUUUGUUUUGGCCAAUGCCAGGCCAAUGAGAACCAAGAAAUGUUGAGACUCAUUAACAACUACCACGAGUUUACUGAGACUGCCUCCUCAGCCAACCCAGUUGACUUCAUCCCUAUCCUCCGCUACUUCCCAAACUCCAAAUUGCAGAAGUUCAAGGCUUUCAACCAGAGGUUCUUGAAAUUCAUGCAGAAAACUGUCCAGGAACACUACAGAGACUUUGAUCAGAAUAAUAUUCAAGAUAUCACUGGUGCUCUGUUCAAACACAGCCAGGACAAGGCUCAGGGGAACACGCACACCAAUGUACCGGAGAAGUUGAUCACCAAUCUUAUCAAUGACAUCUUUGGAGCUGGCUUUGAAACAAUCACCACAGCAGUUUCCUGGAGCCUCAUGUACCUUGUGACUAAGCCUGAGAUCCAGAAGAAGAUCCAGGAGGAGCUGGACACUGUGAUUGGCAGAGAACGAAGGCCCCUGCUCUCAGACAGACCUCAGCUGCCUUACUUGGAGGGCUUUAUCCUGGAGAUCUUCAGGCAUACCUCCUUUCUCCCUUUUACCAUCCCGCACAGCACAACGAGAGCGACAACCCUAAAUGAUUUCUACAUCCCCAAGGGGAUCUGCAUUUUGGUGAACCAGUGGCAGGUUAACCAUGACCAGAAAAUAUGGGGGGACCCAUCAGUGUUCCGGCCAGAGCGAUUCCUCAGUGCAGAUGGCACUAUCGAUAAGGCCCUGAGUGAGAAGAUGAUUUUAUUUGGCCUUGGGAAGAGGCGAUGCAUUGGAGAGACGAUUGGCCGGUGGGAAGUCUUCCUCUUCCUGGCCAUCCUGCUGCAGCAGAUGGAGUUCAGCGUCCCCUCUGGAGUGAAGGUGGACUUGACCCCAAUCUAUGGAUUGACCAUGAAGCAUCCCCGCUGUGAGCACUUCCGGGCCCGGCUGCGCUUCCCCAAGAGUGGCUGAGCAGCCAUUGGCCAGGACUGGGGUACCAGCCCAUAUAUCUUCUUUAGCUCAUUUUCAUUUCUUCUAUCAUUCAAUCCUACUAAUUCUUGAAAGGAAAGGGGAGGGUGUGGGGUACAGACUUUGCCCCAAAACCUCUAUAACAUACCUGACUAAUAGUCACCAAAUCUUUGCCAGAAGAUCUCCAGUUUGGCUACGGGACCAAAUGUUGACUUAUUCUAAGCUGGUAAUUCACUGAGACCACCCAGAUUGUCUGCACACAAGCUACUUUCUUGCCAUGCCUCCCCAGUCUUGUACUUGUGAAUCUGGUUUUGAAUCCAAGGGUAAGACUUAGCAUUCAUCUCUAUUAAAUUUCAUCUUGUUCA